UUGAUCCAAGGAAUCCAUCGAAAUGACCCAAAGUACCCAGGAGUCCAUCGAGGACAACGAAACCAUCCGCAAUUGCCUGGAGAUAUACAAUGGCAAUAAGCUGAGCAAGGACAACGCCUGGAGCCUUACGCUCAUCGAUUCGCUAGCCAAUCUACUGGAGCACCAUCACAAGCGGAUUGGCAAUUUCAAGAUGGCGGGAUCUUCGCUGGAGGCCUCUUCCAAGGUCUACGGACUGCGGGUGGACUCCAUCUACCUGGAUGCCAUGCGCAUUUCAGCUGGCUUAAGUGCCCGCACUCUCACGGCUGGUGAAGGGCAAAAUGCGGCGGAACAGGCCCAAAAAGAAGCUGCACCCAAUCCAAAAAGACAAAAGAAGAAUGUGUCCACCGUGACGAAGAACAAGGACACGCUGAAUAGCCGCCUGGAUACGGCACCUCUGCAGGAUCCUGUCUUUGGCAAACUAAACUCUACAGUGGGCUCCAUCAACGCAUCAAAUCGCCUGAUGCACAAUAUUCUACCCAGUUUAGAUUCCGAGUUGCGUCUGCGCACAACCUACAGAUUCUGGGACAGUCAAGAGUCCACCGAGGAGAUCCAGGAUCAUACUACUCUAAACGCAGACAUGGAAGAGUGGCCAGCUGAGGCGCUGGUGGGCUGCGCCUGGAUGCGCAAACCUCUGAACAAUGCUGAAAGAUUGAAUCUGCGCCCUCUGCACACGGGCUACAUCCUCACAAGUGCACCUAAUCCUACGGCGUCGAAAGACAAGCCCGCAAGGCCCACGUUGGAUGACGACCAGCAUGAUGAAAUAAAUGAGAUAUCCAUGGCCUUCGACAUCAAUGCCGAGAGUGAACCCAUGCCGGACUUGGAUGGACCACCGCCCCUGGUCAUGGAGGUGAACUCCAAUGAGAUCGAAGAGCUCACCACCGAGGAGCAAAUGGUGAUCAACAAUCGCCGCCGACUGGGGAAGCAGGCAGAGUUCAUCGAGGACUUGCGACCGGUAGAUGGAAACUCCAAGCUGGAGUACUCAUACAGGCCAAUGGAGCAGAUCUCCCAGUUUUGGGCUGGACCCUCCCACUGGAAGUUCAAGCGCACCCGACCGCACAGUACAUUUACCCAGACCACUGGUCAGGCGGAUGCUCAGCCCGUUCGCAGUCAGCGACCAAAGAAAUCGACGCAUCUUACCGCCAAUCGUCGUGCCAAGGCAGUAGAUUACGGCAAUGUGACGGAGAACUUCUUUCAACCACUGGAUACAUCGAUUAGGCAGCGCCGCGUAAAUUUCGAGAAGAAGUGGGACUCUUGCAAACUGAUACUGCCCACCAAAUUCAACUUGGACCCAGACUAUUUCUUCAAAUACGAAUCGGCGCCUAGCAUAAAGGUAUCGCAGCGUGCGGGGGAGCCUGAUUCGGACGAGGGCGGAGAUCUUGGCAUCGACAUGGGAGCUGACAUCUAUCACGAUGAAGACAACGAUCAGGAGCUAUUCAACAACGAGCACUUCACCGACGCCGUUCCCGCCAACGUGAGCGUUAUUGCGGCGAUUGCCGCCGAACAAGGGGCCGAAGGCAUGAUGGAUGUGGACGCGGGCGAGAUGGGUCUUACCCAAAUGAAUGCCACCUGCAAUAACACAGUCUUCGAGAUUGGCACAGAGUUCGUGGGUGCGCCUUCUCAGGUUUCCAAAGGUACUGUUCCAUUCGCAAAGCGAGCCAAGGUGAUAGACAUGAAGAGCCUGAAAAAGUGCUGCAAUUCUCUCAUACACAAGCAAUUGCUAACAGAUGUCCCUGAGGAGACGAUACCUUCGCAUCCAAAGAAAAAGAACGAACACUAUUCAAAGGGUGUGGCAAGUUUCCAGGAGGUGUACACCAAGCUUCCCAACCUACUAACCACCAAAGUGGCCGAUUCGCUGUCACCAUCAGUGGCCUUUCUUGCAGUUCUGCAUUUGGCCAACGAUCAGAAAUUGCGCCUUAUUCCACAAGAAAAUCUAGAGGAUUUUCAGAUCCGUCAAGUCUUGGAUUAAAUUCAUGUAAUAACUAUGCAAUUUAUCAUUUAAGUUAAAAUACCAUUGUUACACGGCUAUCCCUCAAUCUCUUAUCUUUUAUUGUAACCCAGUAAACGUAACUCGUAUCAGUAUUCCCAAAGAAAUACCUACACCCCAGUCG